UCGAAGAAAAAGUAAAGAUGGUGUCGACUAACGGCGAUGUCUCGUAAGCUGUACUAUAGUUUACAGUUAUGAUGUUACGAUUUCAAUAAAUGAACGCAUUCACAGUGUCUAUAACAAAAUAUAAUGAGCUCGAGUAAAAUGAGGCGGUCGACUAGGUAUUUAAGGCAUUGGUGCAAAAACUGACAGUGCUAAAUAGCACAAGAUUUACCUUGAAGAGUUUUCUAUCGGACUAAAACAAAAAUGACUGCUGAGUAUAGCAGAGGAAUCUUAAAAAUGGUCGUCGCACAGAUAUGCCAAACGAUCGGUUGGCACUCUAUUAAUUCUACUCCUUUAGAGUUCAUGGUUGACCUAAUGCAGGAGUAUCUUAUGCGAGUUUCCAAACUAACGCAUCAAUAUGCAGAAGUUUUGGGACGAACAGAAGCAAACCUUGAUGACUUAGGGCUUGCUUUUCAACAUAUGAACAUAGAUAUUCAAGAGUUAGUUGAAUACGUUAGAAAUGUAGACUCGAUUCCUUGUGCUAUUGAAGUCCCAAAAUUUCCUGUGCAUCGGGACAAUCACUUAAAUUUUCUAAAACCAGGCAGUCGAGAAGUAGUUACCAGAUCGGUACACAUUCAUGAACAUCUACCAGCCAUGUAUCCAAACACAGAAGAAGAGUACACGUCCGAUAGAGGAGAGAAUCUAUCAAAUGGCACAUCAGAGACACUAACAAGCAAUGGCACCUCUGCAGGGAAUUCAAAUGCAUCUCCUCACAGAAUUUCCCCACAGGUAGUAUUUAAAAGACCAGGUGACCCUGUGUCGUUUGAGAAUCCCAUAGCAAAGCGACCGAGAGUGAUGGAAGAAGGAAGGCCACUUCGUGAAAUUCACAGCGUGAUGAUGACUACGUCUGGAUUUCUUUCACCAGCACGAGAGGGUAAGCUCCCAGAAGCUAGAACUCCUCAGCAGACUCGUUCAGAUUCUCCACCACCUAGCUCUUACCCCAUGGUUCCACCAGAAUUAAAGAGUGAUAAGAAGCCAAAGAAAGUUGUGAAGAAAGGUGCCGAAGACCGGAAGUUGGAUAAGGAAAACAAAAAGAAAAAUCGCGCGAAAGAGUUAUUUAAACCUGAUAAAAUAGAUGAUAGUAAGGUGAAGAAGUUAGCUGGCAUGAAAGAAUUGGCUAAAUUAAAACCUUUAAAGCCAGGCGGUGGUAAGACACAAGGUGCUCAACCUGGGCCAUCCAGUAGACCGGCGACGCCGAAACUUGUAACACCGAAAGCUACAGGAGGGAGUCCUAAACUGUCCAAAACUCUUCAACCCAAAAUCAGGCUUGAAAAAGUAAUAGAUCUGACAGGAAGUCCACCACAAUUUGAAAAGAAGCAAGACACCGUAGACAAACUGCCAUCGGAACCUGAUAAGCAGAAACUUAACAUUUUCAAAAAAAUAUCGAAGACUCCUCGUGAGGACAAAGAGAAAGAAGUGGCGCCAGAACACCACAAACACAAAGAACUUGAUUCUCGUGAAAGUUCACCUGAUUUAAUUAUCGAUGAAAAUGUAGAUAAGUUUGCUCAUCGAAACGACGUUGAUUCCAAACGAGAAGAGAAAAAGACGCCGCAUACUCCUGAUAUCCAGCCUGAUGCAGAGUUUCCUUCGGACGGCAUAAGAAGUCCAUCCUCCGAUGUUUACAUGUUCGACGAUAUGUCACCACCUGGAACACCUAGCACGCCAAAGACUCCCGAAGUCAGCGUACCUAUCCCCGUUGAUCAGAAAAAAAAGAAAAAGGAUAAGAGCAAGAAAAAAGAGCCAAAGCUGAAGAGUCCAAAGCAUUGUGUGAGUCCGAGAAAGGUGAAAAUUACCAACGACACGAUGGAACCAGAUUUGCCAGAUCGGCCAAAGACUCCACAGGCUCCAGAGCCCCCGAUACACAGAGAACCUCCACAUCUUCCAAGCCUACCAUAUCCGUUUUUCCCUACGUUCCCUCCGGCGCCGGGUCUAAUUCCACAUCCAAUAGGACAUCCGAUGUUCCCAAGAUUUCCCCUGCCCUUGGGAAGGGGUGGUCCAGGACCGCAUCCAGCAAUGCCCAACUUGCCUUUACCUCCACGGUUUCUCACUCCGAAUUCCAAGACCGAAGACUUUCCAAUGCCGAAAGUUAAAUCUUCGGAACGUGAGAAAUCUUUAGCACCACCACCAUCGUUGCAACCACCACCUCCUCCAUCGUCACCGUCUCCACCACCUCCGCCUCCACCUCCACCGCAAUCUCUGCCACCUCCACCACCGCCACCACCGCUGCCUUUAACGUUACCGGCGGAUAUUGUGGUUACACCUGUCAAACACGAAAAACAGGAUAAGGAAAGAUCUGAGAAAAUUGGGAAGACUGUCAGUAAACAGGAGAAAGAAGCGUCCGUGCACGCUCCUGGACCUAUCGUUGCACCACCCGUUGUCUCUGCACCAGCUGCACUGGUCGUACCCCCUGCACCCGUGACUGCCGUGCCAUUGUUACCUCCGAAAGUCCCCAAGAUCGACAAACUAGCCAAGAUUGACAAGAAAUCGAAGGAACAUAAGAAAGAGAAAAAAGAUAAACUGAAGAAGAAGAAGGACAAAAAGGAGAAGCACAAAGAGAAGGGUGAAAAGAUUAAGGAGAAGAAAGAAAAAAGCGAGAAGAAGGAGAAGAUUGAAAAAAUUAAGGAGAAGAAAGAGAAAAAAGAAAAGCGAAAGGAGAAGGAUAUUAAUAACAAAAUAGCGAAAGAAGAAAAGACCAUGGAAGGUGUUCCAAAGAUUACGUUAAAAUUGGGACCUUCGUCUCCGAGGCCACCCACUCCUGAUAAUGCCCCCAUGAAGAAAAUUACCAUCAAGCCAGUAUUUAAGAAGACCGAGGAAGACGCGUCAAAAAGGGAGCCCAGUCCGGAGCUGGCAAAAAUUUCGGCUCUGGUAACGCGACCGCCUAAGCAGAAGUCAGCAAGUAAGAGACCGGAGGAUGGGACGUUAGACGCAAGCCCUGCUUUUCCCUCGGAAACUUCUUUCUCGAACAACCUCGCCUGCGUUUCAAUUCCAAACGCUCCCAGAACCAAGAAAGCCCUCUUUAAACCCCUUCCUCAGAGAGAUCCGUCGCCUCAAACGCACUACAACGAUCAUCCCGUGACGAAUGUUACCCUUUCCUCUCCCCCGAGUCCUCAAGUGCCGCAGCAACGAGCAGCGUAUUACUUUGAUCAGGUAGGCCGACAAGUUUGGAUAUGUCCUGCCUGCGGGAACCAGGAUGAUGGAUCACCAAUGAUUGGCUGUGAUGAUUGCGAUGCAUGGUAUCACUGGGUUUGCGUUGGAAUGCAAGUUCCACCCGCUACCAAUGAAGAUUGGUAUUGUCGCUCUUGUAUCGCUAAACAACAAGAACUUCACCAUGACAAGAAGAAAAAGAAACGUAAGAAGAAAGUAAAGGUAACGGCCUAGUACAAGCCAACCGGACCCGGGGUGAGGUCCGGUAUAUCGACGCAAGCUGCCACUAAAGUCAAAUUAAAAGGCAGCAAAUUAAACGUUAAAGGAGUCAAGCCUGGUAAGAAGGUGUCAAAGAAAGAAUUGAAAAUGCAGAUGAAGACGUUAAAGGUGAAACCUGGCAAAACGAAAGGAAAAAACAAGAAAGGUGUUCUCAAAAUGAAACCCAGCAAGAAGAGUAAAAAAUUGAAGGAAGGCGCACCUCAUUGAGAGCGAAGAAUUAAAAUCUAAAAAACGUGUCUCGCUUAUGUUUAAGGUAACAUGAAACAUGCUAGAAAUAAUUAAAGUGGCCUGAAAUUCGAGAAUAUAUCAUUUCCAGAAUUUGUAUGCAAUCAAUAUUAUGGAAUUUUAGAUGCAUAAAGAUUCUGGACUUGAAAUACAUCGAAUUGCAGAUUUCUAUAAACAUUCUAGCAGAUUUCACAUCUCGGUAAUUUUUUGGGUAAGAAUUGUAUCCUGUUACCUCGUGAAACUUAGUAGACGAAUGCUGGACAUUCGUUAAAGUCGAUUUCCUAAUUAUUAUGCAUUCUAACAAUUAAUUGUAUCGUUAAACUAAAAUAUUUAAUUUCUCCUGAAGUAAUAUGACAGUAUUGUUAUACCUCACUUUGGACAAUGACAAUUUCCUAGUACAUCAGGAAACCGGUAUACAACGGUUUGUUAUAAAAAUCUUCACUCACAUAAUUUGUCAUAAAAAUCACACUACGUCUUAAAUGUCUAACGAUGAAAUUAUGCAAUAUGAAAAUUUAAAAAAAAUGAUCAAGAAAAAUACAGCGUAUUCGUCUAAAUAUGCUGUCAAAUUACAAGUGGUCACGAAUGCAAAUAAGACACUUAAAUUAAGCAAUAGGGCAAUUGUCACUAGUAGGUCUUACACGGUACGGACAUUUUUAACAUGCUAAAACUUCAGAUAAUUUCGUAGCUAAUUGUACAGAAUAAUAUAGGAAGUUGUAAUUUGCCAGAACAAUUGGUAAAACACUUCUUUCAUGCCUUUUUAGUCUGUUGUAUAUCUUUAUAUUAUGUCUGUAAAAAUAUGAAUUCUGGUGAAAUGUAAAAAAAUCGUAGAAAAUAUUCCAUUUUAACGAAUAUUUGGGCGUUUGAGUAUCUACUAAGUUUCAGAAACGUACUAUGAUUUAUUUAAGCAUGAUAUUGGCAUGCUGAAAGUAUCCAAUUCUUUCGGAAGUAAAUAUAAAGAGCUUUGGAUAAAGUAUUAUCUGAAUAAGUUUUUACUAACGUCAGGGCGUAAUCAACCGAAAACAUGAGUGAAGUCUAUCAAAUUUAAACAAUGCAUUUUUCCUAAUUAACAUUAGGAUAUGUAAAAGUUAUUUAAUUAUAGCAAUUUAUAAGUUUUUUCAUUUCAGAUUAUUCAAAUUGGUAUCGAUUGUUCAUAAGAAGCGUCGAUUCAUCGUGUAUAGGAAAAGAAUAGAAGUAAGUCAGUUUUGCACUAGGUUCGAUGAGAAUGAAAAACAGCGGUCUACAAAAAAAUAAAAAUAUUAAUUUAUAAUUGGUAUAACGUUCACGUGUUGUAUAGUAAGUACGAAAUGACCCAUACAUAAAUUUUCUAUAGAGCCUGUUACUCGAGUAGAAUGGUUAAAAAUUUGUAUGAAAUAGAAUUUGAAUAAGUUUGUACAGUUUUCUUGUUAAACCAAGUGAACAUCAAAUUUUGUAUGGGUUUAAACGAAGUUUCAAACUUCAGUAAAUGUAUGCGUGAUGUUUCUUAUUUUUUAAGAUUCAUUAAUUUACGUUGAUUUUUGUAAAAAGUUUUUAAUCGAGACAUUGGAAUUAAGGUGACCAUGUAUACUUGAAUGUAGCGUGUACGUGUUGGAAAAAUGUCGAAAGCAAUGAAAAAUAACAAUAGGCAUAGGAACUGAUUUUGUACAUGAUAUGAGAUGGUUAGAAGAAUUGUAUAAUUAACAGAGACUGAAAUGAUUGUGUAACUAAUAGAAAUUCGAAUCCCAAGUCAAUGCUUUGGUAUCAAUUUUGUACCCUUUGAGUGCUGUAAGUACUGACCAUAUUCCAUUGCCACGACCAUAGGAAUCAUGCAGAUACUUUUGUGUUCAAGUUAUUUCUUGUUCAUGAAAAAUUAAAUAGAAUGUGAAAAACGGUGUAAAAAAUAUAUAAUUUCCUUAUUA